AUGGCGUCCCGAACCGCCCUCAGACAGCUUCUAGCCAGACAGCCCGCAUCGUCAAGGCCAGUGACGAUAUCGUCUGCGCAGAGAUGCGCCCGUCUGUACUCCUCCCAUGCCCCUGGCGCAACCAUGAACCUGCCCAUCAACUACGGCACCACGCCGCUCCUCCACCACGCUCCCUCCUCGCUCUCCGCCAGCAAGGAGCUGCCCGCCAACGCCCCCACGAAGCGCCUCAACCUGUACCAGUCCAUCAAUGCCGCUCUCCGGACCGCCCUCGCAGCGGACGAGCGCGUUCUCCUGUUCGGUGAAGAUGUGGCCUUUGGAGGCGUCUUCCGGUGCUCGGUCGACCUGCAGACUGAGUUCGGCUCAGAGCGUGUCUUCAACACCCCGCUGACGGAGCAAGGGAUUGUUGGGUUCGGCAUCGGUGCUGCCGCCGAAGGGUUCAAGCCCGUGGCUGAGAUCCAGUUUGCCGACUACGUCUUCCCUGCAUUCGAUCAGCUCGUCAACGAGGCGGCCAAGUUCAGGUACCGUGAGGGCGCAACGGGCGGGCACAUCGGCGGGCUGGUCGUCCGCAUGCCCUGUGGCGGUGUUGGACAUGGUGCCCUAUAUCACUCGCAGUCUCCCGAGGCGCUCUUCAGCCAUGUCCCUGGACUCCGUGUCGUCAUGGCGCGCUCCCCCACCCAGGCAAAGGGCCUCCUGCUCAACGCCAUCCUUCACUCCAACGAUCCGGUCAUCUUCAUGGAACCCAAGAUCCUCUACCGUGCAGCUGUCGAGCAUGUCCCCACCGAGUCAUAUACCCUCCCCCUUGACAAGGCGGACGUCAUCAAAAAGGGUGCCGAUGUCACAGUCAUCUCCUACGGCCAGCCGUUGUACUUGUGCAGCCAAGCCAUUGCUGCCGCAGAGAAAGAUUUCAAGGGCGCCAGUAUCGAGCUUAUCGAUCUCCGCUGCAUCUACCCUUGGGACCGACAGACGGUGCUCGAAAGCGUGCGCAAGACCGGCCGUGCCAUCGUCGUCCACGAGAGUAUGCUGAACGCCGGCGUGGGUGCCGAGGUCGCUGCAAGCAUCCAGGAGGGCGCCUUCUUGAGCCUUGAAGCCCCCGUCAAGCGUGUCACCGGCUGGGAUGUCCACACUGGCCUAAUCUAUGAGCGGUUCAACAUGCCAGACGUCACCAAAGCUUCGCUGGUCAACAACACCAAUCUCUUUGUCCUCCCCCUCUUCACUGUCCUGCUUCACCGGCUCGAGGAAUCUUCGCUAGUCCCUAGCGCCGUUUGGGCGAAUAUAAAUAUCUUCUCUCACCAGCCUCCCCUCUCGCUUGCAACCUCUCUCUCUCCUCCUUUCUCAAGUCUCUCCUCACUGCAUUCCUUGCAAAAGCUCGUUACCUCAAAGCUAUCAAUUUCAGGCUGCACUGCUCUCCUCGCUCGAUAUCGUGCCACCCCACAUAUCGAUUCAGAGACUGCCCCCCUCUUUUCUCUCUCUCGAAAGCUCGCUGAAGACAUUAUCAACAAAGCCGUAUCCCGUCAACCCCAUAUCGGCUUUCUUCGCGCUUUCGACGCGUCUUUGACCAUUACCAACGUCCAGACGCCCUCGCUCUUCGACUUCGACAACCAAGUCACCCCCUGCUCCUACCAGGUUGACUCCCUCGUUCAUCAAAACGCGAGGUUGCAGUCCCUGAUUCGACAGCCAGAAGUCCGAAGACUUGAGAAGAAGAAGCUCGUCCACCUCCUCCCACUGCCAACGCCAACAGUAUCACGGUUCAAGAUGUCGUCCCUUACCAUCUUGUGCUUGCUAGUCACGAUGGUAGGCUUCAUCCGAAGCAUUGCCGCCGCCCACGACAUCGAUUCUCCGGCUGCCAUGGCGGCUGCCGUCAAGGCCGCCAUCAACAUAUCAGCCGACGAUGUCGACAACUACCUCCUGUUUCUGGGCUGGGAGAAGCCCCUGCUUGCGUGGUCAGUCGUAGACUACGCGACAAUAUGCCCAACGGUGUUCAGCGUCAUCGUCCUCACUGCAUUCGCCAUAUGCAGUGGUCCCAGUACCAACUCCCUCCUCGUGCACGCCGCUCGUGCUGUCCUCAGGGGCAUCAUGAGAUCGUCAAUCUGGCGCGCACUCUCGACGGGAGACGUACUGGGGUUGGUAGCUCUCGUCAUCGGGACUGCCUACGACAUGGCGUAUUCGCUGCUCCGUCCUCAAUGGGCCGAAGACAUCUACUCCGACCUUGCGAUCCGAGAGGAUCUGCCACAAGUCGGAGCGAUGGCCCUUCUGAUCACGUUUGUGGUGGCCUGUUGUAAGAUGGGCCCCCCAUUGCUUGCCUUCUGGUACGGGAUGUUUGGCGCGUUCACGGACAAUUCAGGAGUGCAGUCACUAGGCUGUCACUACAACGGAUACGCAAACAUCCCACUCCCCUACAGAGGGCACGCGAUAUGGGUUGAAUUCGAAGAGGCCCAUCUCUAUAACUGGGAGAUGUUUCAACUCGUUGCAUUCACCGCGGUAUUGGCUGCUGUCUGCGUGUACCACAUUACGGAAUGGGGUUUCAUCCAGUUCCACGUCGAGAGUGACUUCCUCGUAUGGAUGGAUGGCUUAUCCUCUGUCUUUGCGGAUACUGCUGCGGCAGUCAAUGGCGAUGCCACGGUCAGCGUUGUUGAAAUGCCCGUCGACCCCCAGCCAUCUGGCCAUCAUCACGGCGCCGACAACCGCACCGUCGAGGGCACCAAGCGAGACCACGCCAGCGACAAUGGCAGCUCUAACGCCAACGCCAACGACGACACCGACAAGCACCUCGCCGUGAUGACCCAGAUGGCUUCCCGAAUCCAGGAACUGGAACGUGCCAGCAGCAAUUCCAAAUUGACUGAUGUUCGCCUGCGCAGAGAGGCUCAUGAGCUAGCACUUGAGCUCAUGACCAAGCAACAGUCCCUGCUGGACACGCAAGAUGAAUGUGCUGAACUGAGGUCACUCCUGGCCACUGAAAGAGGCCAAGUUUACGACCAAGAGGUCAGGAUGACCGGCCUGCAGGAGCAAGUCAAAGCUCUCGAAUCCACCAACAGUGCCCUGCAGGCCCAGCUCAGCACCCAGUUCCUGGAGCUGCGAAAUGCGGCGUCGGACGAGACAAACGCGACCCGGUCAGCCAUAUGCGAUGAGAUGCGUUCUGACAACAGCCAGGCCGUCCUGCUCAAGCGACAACUCAACAGAGCAAGACGCCUCCACAGACGCUCACUCGUAACCGGCCACGCGAAUUGUCUCAAACGACUGUCCGCCCAAGAGAACGCCACCGUCAAAGCCACCAUCGCGCUAGAGGCCCAAUCGAAGGUUGUUGCCGACCUUACGGCUCGGAACAGCGCGCAAAUUCGCUCCAUUGCUACACUGGAGAUGGAAAGCGGCGAGCGGGACAUCGAAGAUGCUGACCUUAAGAAACAGCACGACUCUGUCGUGGCUGACCUCAAGGCACAACUUGCGGAUCGAACCCUCGCGGCUGGAAAUCUCCAGUUGUUGGUGGAGCAGAAGGACCGCGCUAUCUCCAGCCUUGAGGAGGAGCGCAACCAAGAUUCGGGGUGCCAAGCAAGGCACUUCUCCCUCGAAUGA